UAUGUGAUGCCGGAAGCAGCAGGAACGGAAAUCCAAGUGAUGGACGACGACGAGCUCUACGUGUCCCUGGUGUUCGGACUCAAUUCCUACUUCGGGGCCCGGGUGGAGGCCGAGGGGUUCUUCCUGAACAACGCCAUGGCCAACUUCUUCCCGGCCGGAAGUGACACGGGUUCCGACUCGGACGCCGUGAAAAAUGCCAACGUCAUGGAACCCAAUAAGCGGCCGUUGUCACUCGGGGCACCCGUCGUCGUGGUUUCGUCGUCACACAUGUGCAAAACCCGGCUGGUUGCUGGCUCACCCAAGUUCGACAUUUCGGCACAAGUAAUUGCUCGUUAUUUGGCUCUGGGCAGUCCUUUGGCUGACAGUAUCCACGCUCCAAGACUCCACCUGGGGGCUGAAUUCGGAACCAGAGAUUAUUUAAUGGUCCGGGACCUACCCUGGUUGGUUCGACCGGUUGAAGGCAGGUGGUGA